GAAAGACGUGGUUUUUCUUGGCACGACGCUCACCUGUCGUGUGCAGCUAGAAUCCGUAUCUAUUAAACGUGGUCACUGCGACAGAGGAAAAUCUCGUCCCGAGCGGCCUCUUGCCGGACUCAUAAGUGGUAGUUUUACAACCUCCAGGGUGGCUGCAGUUGUGUGGACAGCGAACUCAUUCAGUCACCUGGAACUACUGCUUAAUUGACUCUCAUCCUGUCGCACUGUUUGGAACUACGUACAAAAAGAUGCUUCAGCCUCUGUCGGCUACGGCCUCCCGGUGUUUGCAGCAGGGCCGCAUGCUGGCGCCGCGGUUUUCUCCCACGAAAAGUUGUGCCGCAACGACGCUGAAAAGAAAUGCGAGCAGUUUGUCCUCAAUCGGUUCUUCCCUCGUGUCCACCAACCAGAACGCGACGACCAGCUUCCUGCACCGGCAGACGCGGCUGCUGCAGCACUUCGUUUCCUCGCGAACGAAUGCUCGGUGCUUCUCGACCAAGAACCUCUCGACCACGAAAGUCUCUGGCGGGGAGGAAAGUGGCCGGGCAACGAACUUUCAACAAAACAGCAUCCAAGCUUUGGCCGCGCCGGCGGGGAGCAGCAGUAGAGCUGUGAAUACGGAAACUGGUAUAGUUGCAGCAGACCCACACGCUGGAACAAAUAACCGCAAUAAAGUAGUCGAGGAAAGCUGCAAAUCCAGCUUACUCCAGACGAUUGGUGAAAAGGGGCUGAUUUUUGAGUUCUCGAUGCUGUGGGUGCUGACCGCGUGGAAGGAAAUUGCCGUGGGCGUCAUCCUAUCAAAUGCAAAAAUGUCUGGAUCUGGAAGAAGACAAACUUGUGAUGCGCAUUUCAAAACACAGAAAAAUCUCUCAUGCAUAGGUAGCAAAAGCUGCCCACUUUCUGUCCCCAAAAUGGGGGAUCUGUCAUGCGGAUUAGGCAUUGCGGAAGCUUCGCGAAACCUGUGAUGCUAGAGCUUCCAUGCCAGACCUGCUGUGUCAUGCAAAAACAGCAUGACUCUUCCAGACCCAGACAUUUUUGCAUUUGAUACAUCCGCAACACCGCUUACACCUUCCGUCCCGUAGCGCUGUUCUUCGUGGUACAUAACUACAUGUGGUUUUACUAUUUCGGAACAUUUUUCUUUACUUGGUGAUUUUGCUGCGCACGACAAAGAUUUAUGAUCAAUUGCACACGAUGAAAAACGUCGAAAACAAAAAUUAUGAACUCAGAUGGGCUACGUGGUGAAGUUUCUCUUCUUCCUGUAUGAGGGGAAAACAGGCUUGCGUAGCUCCCGUUCGUGUAGUUCUAGUGCGCCAACGAGCAUGUUGUGCACCAUCUGCAGCUAGUACUUUGCUUAAUGUUAUUUGGUUGCAAGAAGCGCCCAGAUUCUUUUUCUUGUGGAUCGCUUUCCCGAUUUCCUGUAUGAAAAAAUGAGACACGCAGGAGCGAGGUGACAGGCAGUGCUUGCUGUUUUCUCUACUUUCAUAACCUCAUGGGCGCGCCGAUGCUGGUCUCGUUUUACUCGGUCUGGUUGUUCGAGGUGGGCUACGGACUGGCGCAGUGCUUCCUGAGCGUGAUUUAUCCGGUUGAAGGAAAUUUGGGAGUCGUGGUCGGGCGAUUUUGGAGUUUGCCUGGUAUGUUGAAGCAUGAUAGAUCAUCUCGGUGGUGCAUUUUUCCCGUGCAUUGCAUUGUGCUACAAAAAAUUCAAGGAUGCGUUGAGAACGAGAGAUACGAUGAUCUCAGACUGCACUGCUCAGAUUCCAGGUAGUCAAGGUAAAGGAGUUUGUAUUUUAGUUGAAGUCGCUGACGAAUUUGAAACGCAGCAAAAUCGAAAUACUUACUACUAAAUUAUGAAGAUGCCAAGAAGUAGCAGUUGGCCUGACUCCACCAAAAAGAUUUGUUCCCUUCAUACCGCUUUCCUGACCCAAUUGACGUACAUGGACCUGAGCUUUCGGGGGACGGUCCGGCCCAUGCUGCGGCUGUACGGGAAGCGUUUGGUGGAUCUGGGCAGGCGGCUCGUGCUGCGGAAGUAGGUUUUUGUUGCGGCGAGGGUACUAAAAAGAUACGGAGAUUAUAGGGCGUGAUGAACUGCCUUCGGAUAAUAUCCGAAGAGCAGUUCGAUUUGAAGCCGAGUUAUUUACAGAUUGAUACAACUGCAUUUAUGUUAAGUAGCUUGAAGUGAUGUAGUUCCUGUAGACAAAAAACAAGAUAGCUGCAACGACUUCGAAAACUGAGACCGGUGAAAGGACAACGGGGACACGCUGCAGGUUGUUGUACAGAUCGAU